ACGUUUUCUUUUCAGAACUUUUAAUGUGAUUUAUGAUUGGCAAGCAUUUCUUUUGUAGAAACAUUUUUUUCGGUUUGGAGAGUAGCUGCUCUAUAGCUGUUUCUUUUUGCCUUGAUCCGUUUUCGGAUUUUCGUAUAAUACUGACUCAUUAGAAUAUCAAUAGCAUUACGUAUUAGUAUAUUGCAUGCAUGAUGCAAUGCUGCUGCUACUAUACAGUACUAGAAAGCCUUCAUUAUUUCAGGUAGUAUUCCCAGAAAUGAUCUGUUUAAAAGCUUCGGGGCACCCAAACAAGCAGUGUCCAGAUACUGUCCGGUCUUGGUGACGGGGGUGGGGUGGGGAUGUGCUUUCUCAUAUUCCAGGGCUGUGGUGUUGUGUUAACUGUUUACGCGCCCUCUCCCCGGAACGGCAAGUGCACAGGAGUCGCCUCCUGUGGGCGUGGAUAGCCGCCCAAAUACGUUGCUUCACUCGCGGCCGGUGGGGGGGGGCGUAUGGUGGUAACGGCGGCGGCGGCGGGUGAACCGCCGCCACCCCCCGCCCCCUUGUCAGUGGGCUGUGAAGGGAGGACUCGGAGGCGGAGGGAAGCCCCCAGUGCUGCUGCCGGGCAUGCGCGGCGCCCCAGGAACAUGGCGGAGGCGGCGGCGUGAAUCCAGGCGACCGGGGCAGUGCGCAGCUGACAGACACGCGAGCCGCGCGGAGGGACCGGCGGUUCCCUUCGCUCGGGAAACAGUUGUACCGUGAAAAAGAAGACUGAACUUCCCCUGCAAAAUUUGUAGUUUUUCUGUGUGAAAGAGCAUCCAGCGUUUUACCAUGGGAAAAACAGCAGCUAAAGAUUCUAAGACUGUUAAAAAAGAGAAACAUGGGAACAGUAAUCUUUCAAGCAACCAAUUGUUACAUAAUGGUAUGUACUAUGAAGAUAAAGAAUAUUUUAACUGGGAUAACUACUUGAAAGAAACUGGCUCCAUAGCUGCACCUGCACACUGUUUCAGACAGUCUAGGAUUCCACCUAGCAACGAUUUCAAAGUAGGCAUGAAACUGGAAGCUCAUGACCCUCGCAAUGUUACCUCAGUGUGUAUAGCUACAGUGAUUGGAAUUACGGGUGCCAGAUUAAGGUUGCGGCUUGAUGGAAGUGACAACAAAAAUGACUUCUGGAGGCUAGUAGAUUCCUCUGAUAUACAGCAAAUUGGAACCUGUGAGAAGAAAGGAGGAAUGCUUCAGCCCCCAUUAGGGUUCCAGAUGAAUGCCUCUUCUUGGCCAAUGUUCCUCCUCAGAACGCUAAAUGGAGCUGAAAUGGCACCUGCCUCAUUCUUUAAGAAGGAACCUCCAAAACCGUCUCCAAACAGUUUUAAAGUUGGAAUGAAGUUGGAAGCAAUAGACAGAAAAAAUCCUUAUUUAAUAUGCCCUGCAACCAUUGGGGAUGUUAAAGGAGAUGAAGUUUUUAUUACUUUUGAUGGCUGGCGAGGGGCAUUUGAUUAUUGGUGUAAAUAUGAUUCUCGGGAUAUAUUUCCAGUUGGAUGGUGUGACUUGACAGGAGAUGCUCUACAACCCCCAGGGAAUAGUGUUUCUUGUGCAAAGAAUAGUACAAAAGCCCAGGCAUCCCCUUCCAAAGUGACCCGGCGCUCAAUGCAGUCUCCACAGAAAUCUGCUUCUCCAGGUUCUGUCCCGGCACCAAGAGGCAGGAAACCUAGUCAUGGGAAGCCACCUGCUCCACCUACAGCCUUGAAGAAGGGCAAGUCUCCCAAAAACAACCCUAUGACAAAAACCACAUCCCAUAAGGAGAAUCUCAAAAAAAGGAAAAAAGGCUUAAAACCAGGAAGGAAGAAAAAAAGCUUACCAGUGCAAACACCGGUAUUUUCUCCUCCUCUGACCUCUGCAAAAAUGGAUAACAGUACCACCCAAAUACAUAAAGAUGGGCCUGGUAUCAGUGGUACAAUGGCAGCUGUGAUUUCAACAGUUUGUGUCUAUGUUAACAAGCAUGGAAACUCUGGGCCUCAUCUGGAUAAAAGGAAGGUUCAACAGCUUCCAGAUCACUUUGGACCGGGUCCCGUGAAUGUGGUGCUUCAGCAGGCUGUGCAAGCCUGUGUGGACUGUGCUUACCAGUCAAAAACCGUCUUUGGAUUCCUUAAGUCCGGCCAUCAUGCAGGAGAGAUGAUUACUGCCUCCUUUGAUGGGGAGAAGCAUGCCAUCAGUCUUCCUUCUGUAAACAGUGCAUCAUUUGUCCUGCGGUUUCUGGAGAAACUCUGCCACAGCCUGCAAUGUGAUAAUCUUUUCAGUAGCCAGCCUUUUAGUCCUUAUAUGGGAAGUGCACACAGCCCUACAGAAUAUGAUAGAAACAAACCAGCAAAAGAGGAAAUAUCAGAAAACAGAAGUACAAAGCGAUAUCCUCAGGAUUCACCUCCCUAUACAGCCCCCCUGUCUCCUAAACUCCCAAGAACUGAAGCUCACCCGUCGGAAGAAACCCUGCCAAGUGAGGAAAAUGGCACCCCAAAAGAACACAGGUUUUCUGAGGAUUCAAUGGAUUCUGCGCUUAAUUCAGUCAAUCCUUCAAGCCCAAGUUGUCGGAAUUCCAUUGAAUAUCGCACCUCAGGGAAUGCAGCCUAUUACAGGAAUUCUCUUCCAACAGUGACUGCUACCGCAAAUACAACACCAAUCUUACAGAGAUUAUCAUCAGGUUCUGCUGGGAACGCCACUUACUAUGAGGUCAAUCGGAAUAGGCUGCAGAGGAGGAUUGAAGCUGCAAGCUCCACAACAGGUCCUGACCUGAGCGCACUAAAACGAGAGCCUUCCCGUCUGCCCAGCAAGGACCCAUCUACAUGGUCGAUAGAUGAAGUGAUGCGAUUUGUAAAAGAAGCUGACCCACAAGCAUUAGCACCCCAUGCAGAACUUUUCAGAAGACAUGAAAUUGAUGGAAAGGCUCUAUUGCUACUGAGGAGUGAUAUGAUAAUGAAAUACAUGGGUCUAAAAUUGGGGCCAGCUCUAAAGCUUUGCUACCACAUCGAGAGACUUAAGCAAGGAAAAUACUAGUUGGUGGAUGAACAAUGGUAAUGUCAGACACUCAGGUUCAGAAAAACGGGGGCACAAUGAAGCAGGAGCAUUAUCUGGUCUUAGAAAGAGAUGCAAAGAAGAUGGUCCCAUUCACUUCACCAAGACAAAUUUCCAGGAGAUUGUGUAUCCUGUUUUCUAAGCACUGUCCUCACCCAUGAGUGGUUUCCAGAAAUUUAUUCUCAAAAUAGAAUUGAUAGGGAAACAUUUCAAUCUUUGUAUAUAACAUUUUUAAGGGCGUGAGGAAAGGCCGUGUCAAGAGUAAAGUAGUUAAAGUCAUGAGUAUUAUUUUGGCUGCAAAAUAUAUUCUAGACUAUUUGACUUCAGCUGGGGAAAUUUGUCCAGAACCAAAACUGCUGAAUUCCAAAGGAAUAUAUUUUUUUCUAAAAAUUGAAAAACCUGGAUCUAGAAAUUCUGGAAAUUGUGGCUGAAUUCAUGGAGGGAAAGAUACUGUUGUUCCAAUUGCUGCACCCCUCAGUUAACCUUUCACAGCUGGCAUUCCAGAACAUAAAUAUUCAAUCUAUGCUAUAGAUUUCCAUAAAGGGAAUAGCCAUAUGAACUGUUCUGUUUGUGCGUGCUAUGUGUUUAAAAACAAAAAAGCUUUUAUAAAAUUGUAGUUUUAAAUUAUGGGGGUACUCUGCUGUAUGCUGACAAUUUAAGCUGGCAGUAUUUCUAUUUUGAGAUGGAUGUUCUUAUGGCUGACUUGAGCAGCCAGCUUCCAGAUGAAUGAACAGAUUUUUCAGCUUGCUUUCUGAAAUAUGCCACCCAGCAUUUUUAAACAUUCCAUUUCUGUAAAGCUGGACAUGAACAUACGUUCAUGCAUUUGUAUAUUUAUGUGUGUGGGGUACAUGCAUAUAUAUAUAUAUGUAUACUGUAUAUAGUGUUCUUUUUUUGAAAAACAAAGUCUUUAAAAGGUACUUUUGCACUGUGACAGAUGAUAAACUGUAGAACAUUUUUUUAACCAGUGAAAAAGCAAAAACAGACAUGCAUCACACAUUUUAACUGCCAUUUACAGGCAGACCUGUGCAAUGCUGCACCAUGUAUAGUCUGUUGCGCACAAUGGUCUUCAUAUGCACACCAGCAUAACACAGUUACAUGGGUGUUCUUACCACCUGUUUGAGGCUAGAUUGGGGAUGGGAAAAAAGGGGCUGAAUUCAGUUCCUUUUACACUCCGGAGCAGAUAGUUUUAUAUUGUCAGGACUGAUUACACAGGUUUGUUAGGUCAUAGGUAAAAUCCAGCAGGGAUUUCUACAUAUACAGCUUUCAGUAUUAGAUUCCAGCAUUUACCCCAAAGCACCUUUUUUUUUUUUGCAUGUGGGUGGCCUUUGCUUGAUUAAAGUGAAUGUGUCCUCUUUACUGUUCACUAAUGCCUGUCUGCUUUGCUUUCUCUCUCUGUGAGAAUAAGAAACAAUCAAUCAGUGGACAGGUGGAUUCAUACAGGGGUGUUCCCUGCACUAUGCAAUAUGCCUGGAUUCUCAUCAUAUUGCUCUGAGCCAUUUUGUUCUGGGACAGUUUCUGGAAAAUAAUAGGGUGAAUUUUGUUGUCUCUAAUUUUACCUUCUUUUCUUGUCUUCUUUUUAAAUAUUUUUAAAAGGAGACUAUUUUGACAAAGACAUUGAACUGCACAUGGAUGUAUGUAUUCUUUCUAAAUAUUGGUGCUUUUUCUAUAAGCUACAAGAAGUGCUGAUAGUAAAACAGUUUGCUGUCACUGCCAACAUAUUAUCAGGGACAAUUAUGUACAUUUGCUGUGUAGGGAACCGAAUGUACUGUGUGUAAUAGUACAAGUGGUGAUAGAGAAAAUGUAGUCCUAAAAGGAUAGAUUUUAUAUUUCUUAUUGCCUUUUUAUAUCAAAAGCUUCUAGUUAAAAAAAAGUAUUUUUUACACAAUACAGCUUUGAAAAUGCCUUGCUUAUUGGUGUAUAAUUACUCAGGUUCAGCUAAAAUACUGCAAAACCAUCAAACAGAUUUUUGAUGUAUUUCUUUGAAUUCCUGCAACAUGAUUUCAGUUAGUUUAUUUUGGAGGUACUGUACAUUCUGUUUUAUUCUGAAAAACCCUGAAUAUUUAUUAUGCCAGUCAACACAUUGUUUCUCAUAAGAAACAUGUCAUCAGCUGCAGAAACAUAAGUUAAUGCAUCUGUUCUGAAUCAUGCUGUGAUAUACUAUACAUAUUGUUCAUAUGCACAUGUCUUUAGAAGCACAUAUACUUAUGGUUCAGCAAAUAUACUUGGAAUAUAUACUGGUAUUUGUGAUCUUUAAGACAACACAUGCAACCAUUUUUCUUUACAGUUUUUAACUAAGAAGUUGCUAAAUUCCUUUUUCUUAUUUGAGAAAAAAUCCCAAGCAUAUACAACCAUUGGCACUUUCAUAAGACACCACUUUUUGACUGGCAUUUCUGAAUGCUGCAAAUAUACAAGAUAGAAAGUGGAAGAGAGACAUUGUGAAAUCUAGUGUACUGUAUAUUUCAAUGUGACUCAUCACAUUCAUCAAUAGAGAAUGCUAAAAAGAAUCCAAACCUCAAAGAAACAAGGUCUUGGCAUGCAUGUGGUUAUUUCCUUUACUGGCCUGGAGAUGAAAAAAUAUCACAAACGUAGUCCUAUUAUUUUUAUAUAAGCUACAGAUGGCUGGAAAAUGUUUCAUACAAGAACUUUGUAAAAUGAAGUUGUAACCUUAUUAUUUUGCCAGUGUGACAUAUUUGUUAGUACUGAAUAGUGCAAAGGUGUGUGUUGCAUCAUAUAUACACCAUCCGCACAUGGAACAAGAAUGCCAUAUGGAAAUUUAAUCUUGUAUUGUAGCAUGAUAUCAAAGUCUGUCAAGUGUUUGUAACAGAAUAUAUUUUUAAUUAUUUUCAACUUGAUGUUUCCAUCGA